UGCCAUUUUAUGUUUAAUGGGUUUAAACCGGCUUAUAUCGUAGACAAAAGUUACACAUUAGUUUGCGUUGUAUCAUGAGGACCCUAUACUUUUUGGAGCCCGGGCAAAAACUCAACGACACAAAACCCUCUGAGAGAAAACGAGCUUUACUGGUUAGUAAGCAAGAAUGGGACAAAUUUGGAGACCACUUGGUGAGGAAACACAGAAUAGCAGAGGAGAAGGAGCGGGAGAAAGAAGACCUAGAGAAUAGAAAAAUGGCGUCAAAGGAAAUGGCUAAAACCUGGGACAAUACCAUAAUUAAUAUUAGAAAACGCCGCAUUGAAAAACAUAGAAACCAAAUUGCACAACUAGAAAAAGAUAGACGAAGAAGGUUCUUGGAAAUGAGGAAAGAGGAAGAAGACAACAAGAAAAGAGUUAUAGAAGAAGCUAGAAGACUUUUGAGGCAAGAGAAAGACAAUGCAAAGUCUCUUAUAAGUGCUCUCCGAUUCUCAGAGGUUCUAAGAGAGAGAGAGGAGCAAAUUAAAUUUGAGAAGAAAUUACAAAAUAUAGAAAAUGAAAGGGAGAAAGAGUAUGCAGCUAAACUGAAAUCUGAUGCGGAGGAGUACAAAUUAGAGCUUCAGAAUGAAAAGGAACAAAAAUAUAAGAAGAUGGCAGAACUCAAUAAAGAAGUCCGCAAAGAAAUGGCAGAAUUUAUCAAGAGAAAAGAGGAAUUACAACAAUCUGAGAUAGAAUUAGAAAUCCAAGAUAAUAUGAGAGUUUUGGAAGAAAUAAAAGAAAUUGAAGAAAAUGAAAAGAAGGAGAAAGAAAGAAAGAAACAAAUAAUCAUAGCAGAUAUCUUGGAAAAUAGAAAAAUGAUUGCCGAAUUUGAGGCUCAGUGUAAGCUUGAGCGAGAAGAAGAAGAAGCAGCCAUCCACAUCCAUGCAGAGACUAAGAAAAGGAUUGCCAAGAUUAAGAAAGAGAAGGAAAAAGAUGAGGCAAAAGCUAAUCAGAUGAGAAGAGAGAAGAUAUCAGCUGCAGUAGCGGCAAAAGCAGCUGACAAGGAGACUGAAGAGAAUAGAAUCAUUCAGAAAGCUGUAGCAGAGAGGGAGGCAAGAGAGAAGGAACUGAUUGAAAAGAAAAAGAUUUAUCAACAGCAACUCGUUGAUGAAUUGAAUGAAGAAAGAAAACACCAAUUAGUGUUUGAGGAAGAAAAGAAAUACCAAGAAAAGGAACUGUUGAAACUGAGUAUGAUGCAAAGAUUGAAAAAUGAUGAAGUAAAUGCUGAGUUUACCCAGCAAAUGAGGAAGGAUAAAAAAGAUAAAUUUAAAUCUAAUAGAAACACUUGGGAUAAGCAGUGUGAGGAGAUAAAGGCAGUAAGAGCCGCAGAAAGAGCCGAAGAUGUUGAUGCUGUUGCAAGAGCAGUAGAAUGCUGGAAUCUGGACGAUAAACAUUUUCUUGAGUAUGCUGAGAAUGUUCUCGAGGAAAGCAAAAGUAAAAAUAGACUUCUUCUUCCGAUGCAAAGAUAUAUUGAGAAAUUCAAAAAAGAAGUCGGCAUCACCAGGUUUCCAAAACAACACAAGCUAUUUAUAUCAAAAGUUCCGAUCAAUAAUAAACUUUAUGAAUGUCCUGCAGCCAGAAAGAAGACCGUUGAUACAUGGCCAAAUGAAAACGACCGCAAAAGCAAACCUCUGAACAAUAUUUUUGAAUAGGCUGUUUGGGAUCUUAAAACCCCUUACUCAUUUACUGAUAAUUUAUCAGUAAAAAUCAUCUUGAAAUCAUCAAAUUCUUUUGUUGAAACAUCUA